CAAGCUCCCAGCCCUGGUCCGGGGACCCGCUCUGCUCUCUGCAACCCCCAGCUCCCCGCCCGGACACUUAGGCUCGCUCACGCCCUUCUCUGGAGCACCCAGCUGCUUGCUGGUCACAGCUGCCCGUCACUGCCCACCACCGCCCCUGUCCCAGGCACCCGGGCAGACACUCACCCCACCCCACCCGGUGCCCCCCUGCCAGCAAGGUGGCUGCCCCCUGUGUCCCUCCGUCCAAUCAUGAACUGGUGCCCAUCCGCACGGAGAACGCACCCAAGAAUGUAGUGGACACGGGAGAAGGAGCCUUCGGGGCUGGACGGUCACGGAAAAGCCUGGAGGAAGAGGGCUCCACGAAAGUCACCCCGAACAUCCAGCCCCAUCCCCAGCCCACCAGAAACAUGAGUGUGAGCCGGGCCUCUGAGGACAGCUGUGAGCUGGACCUGGUGUAUGUCACCGAGCGGAUCAUCGCCGUGUCCUUCCCCAGCACCACCAACGAGGAGAACUUCCGGAGCAACCUCCGUGAGGUGGCGCAGAUGCUCAAGUCCAAACAUGGAGGCAACUAUCUGCUUUUCAACCUCUCCGAGCGCAGAGCUGAUGUCACGAAGCUGCACGCCAAGGUCCUGGAGUUUGGCUGGCCCGACCUCCACACCCCAGCCCUGGAGAAGAUCUGCAGCGUCUGCAAGGCCAUGGACACCUGGCUCAAUGCUGACCCCCACAACGUCGUGGUCCUGCACAACAAGGGAAACCGAGGCAGGAUCGGUGUCGUCAUUGCCGCCUACAUGCACUACAGCAACAUUUCAGCCAGCGCCGACCAGGCCCUGGACCGAUUCGCCAUGAAGCGCUUCUAUGAAGAUAAGAUUGUGCCCAUCGGCCAGCCAUCCCAGAGGAGGUACGUGCAUUACUUCAGCGGUUUGCUCUCUGGCUCCAUCAAAAUGAACAACAAGCCCUUGUUCCUACACCACGUCAUCAUGCACGGCAUCCCCAACUUCGAGUCUAAAGGAGGUUGCCGGCCCUUUCUCCGCAUCUACCAGGCCAUGCAACCUGUUUACACGUCUGGCAUCUACAACGUCCAGGGGGACAGCCAGACCAGCAUCUGCAUCACCAUCGAGCCCGGGCUGCUCCUGAAGGGUGACAUCCUGCUCAAGUGCUACCACAAGAAGUUCCGGAGCCCCACUCGAGACGUCAUCUUCCGCGUGCAGUUCCACACCUGCGCCAUCCAUGACCUGGCUGUCGUCUUCGGGAAGGAAGACCUUGACGAUGCUUUCAAAGAUGAUCGAUUUCCAGAAUAUGGCAAAGUGGAGUUUGUAUUUUCUUAUGGACCAGAGAAAAUUCAAGGCAUGGAGCACCUGGAGAAUGGCCCGAGUGUGUCCGUGGACUAUAACACCUCCGACCCACUCAUCCGCUGGGAUUCCUAUGACAACUUCAGUGCGCAUCGUGACGAGGGCAUGGAGGAGGUGGUGGGACACACCCAAGGGCCGCUGGAUGGGAGCCUGUAUGCUAAGGUGAAGAAGAAGGACUCACUGCCAGGCAGCAUCGGGGCUGGCGGUGCCCCUCGGCCCGCCCUAUCGGCCACCCCCAACCACGUGGAACAUACCCUCUCGGUGAGCAGUGACUCGGGCAACUCCACAGCCUCCACCAAGACCGAUAAGACCGAUGAGCCGGGGCCCGCGCCCGCGGGAGCGCCUGUGUCCCUGAGCCCUGAGGAGAAGCGCGAGCUGGACCGGCUUCUCAGUGGCUUCGGCUUGGAGCGGGACAAGCAGGGUGCCAUGUACCAGGCCCCGCAACACCACCUCCUCCACGCCCGCCCCGCGGGGAGCCCAGCCUCGCCCGCCGGCCGCCACGUGGUCCCAGCCCAGGUCCAUGUCAAUGGUGGGGCCCUGGCCACCACCGAGCGGGAGACGGACAUCCUUGACGACGAGCUGCCCCACCAGGAUGGGCACAGCGCGGGAAGCUUGGGCACGCUGUCCUCCCUGGACGGGGUGGCCACCAUCAGCGAGAGUGGCUACCCAGAGGCCACCCUGUCCCCACUCACCAACGGCCUGGACAAGCACUACCCCGGAGAAGCCAUGGUCAACGGCGGGGGCUACCCCUAUGAGUCAGCCGGCCGGGCCCUGCCCACCCACCUGGCCCCCGUGAGGCCCUCCUACUCAGCACAGGAGGGCUUAGCCGGGGGCUACCAGUGGGAGGGGGCCCACCGCCCCGCCUGGCCACAGCCAGGGGCCACCCCCCACUAUGGCCAGGACUCCAGUGGUAUGUUCCGGUCUCAGUCCUUCCCGGAAACGGAGCCCCAGCUGCCGCCAGCCCCCACGCGUGGGGGGAGCAGCCGGGAGGCCGUGCAAAGGGGCCUGAAUUCCUGGCAGCAGCAGCAACAGCAGCAACCACGCCCGCCCCCUCGCCAGCAGGACAGAGCCCACCCGGAAAGGGUCGGGUCCAGCCCCCAGCCCUCGGCAGAGACACCCGCCGUCUCGGGCCUCCCCGAGUUCCCCAGGGCAGCCUCGCGGCAGGAGAUUGAACAGUCCAUCGAGACCCUCAACAUGCUGAUGCUGGACCUGGAGCCCACCACCUCGGCCGCCGCACCCCUGCACAAGUCCCAGAGUCUCCCGGGGGCCUGGCCCGGGGCGUCCUCCCUGUCCUCCUCGGCGCUCUCCGGCUCUUCCCAUCCGCUGACCCAGUCCAGGUCGGGCUACAUCCCCACCGGCCGUUCCCUGGGGAGCUCAGAGCCGGCCGGCCGGGCCUUUCUGGAGUCCACCCCGCUGGGCAGGCCUUACUCACCCUACGACUACCAGCUGGCGUCUGCGGGCCCCGGCCAGAGUUUCCAUCCGAAGGGGCCGUCGUCUCCGGCAGCAGCGGUGGCCUACUUCCCCGCUGCCCAGGGCCCCCCUGGGCCGCAGCAGCCCCCCACUUCUCUCCCUGGCCUCAGCGCUCAGCCUCAGCUCCCACCCAAGGAGACGCCCGCAGACCCCUCGCGGACCCCAGAGGAGGAGCCGCUGAAUCUGGAGGGGCUGGUGGCACACCGGGUAGCAGGGGUGCAGGCACGGGAGAAGCAGCCGACAGAACCUCCGGGGCCUCUCCGGAGGCGGGCGGCCAGCGAUGGACAGUACGAGAACCAGUCUCCGGAGCCCGCGUCCCCUCGGAGUCCCGGGGUACGCUCCCCUGUCCAGUGCGUCUCCCCUGAGCUGGCGCUCACCAUCGCCCUCAAUCCUGGAGGGCGACCCAAGGAGCCCCACCUGCACAGCUACAAGGAGGCCUUCGAGGAGAUAGAUGGAGCUUCCCCAGCCAGCCCUCCGCCUGCUGGAGUGCGCUCCCCUCCAGGUCUGGCCAAGACACCCCUGUCUGCUCUGGGUCUGAAGCCCCACAACCCCGCAGACAUCCUGCUGCACCCCACAGGUGAGGAGGAUGAGGGCAAGGUGGCGAUGGAGUUUACAGAAGAGCCUCGGAGCUACGUGGAGUCGGUGGUGCGAACGGCGGUGGCCGCGCCCCGGGCACAGGACGCCGAGCCCCAGAGCUUCAGUGCCCCUGCCAGCCAGGAGGCGCGGCUGAGGAACGGGGGCCUGGGGGGACCCUUUGUCUCGCCCAGCCCCCUCUCCACCAGCAGCCCGAUCCUCAGCACUGACAGCACUUCGGUGAGGAGUUUCCCAUCAGGGGACAGCAGUGAGCAGGGGUCCCGGACGCCCACCCAACCCUCGCUGGAUCCCGGCUUCCGUGCCUGCAGUGUGGGCCAGCCCAACGCGUCACCUCAAAGAAGUUACCAGAGCUCGUCCCCACUGCCCACGGUGGCCGGCGGCAGUGGCGGCUACAGCGGCCCCGACUACACCCUCCAACAGUUCAGCUCCCCGGAGAGCCAGCCCCGGCCUCAGUUCGGCGCGGCUGGUGUCCACGCAGUGCCUGGGAGCCCCCAGACCCGCCACCGGACAGUGGGCACCAACACCCCACCGAGUCCCGGCUUCGGCCGGCGAGCCGUCAACCCUGGGAGCCCUGGCAUGAGCCACCGCCAGGCCCUGGGCCCAGGGAGCGGCUUCCAUGCUGCCGCGGCCCCCAGCCCCCAGGGCAGCGCCACCACCACCCCCGGGAGCCCCAGCCUGGGCCGGCACCUGGGGUCCCACCAGGCCUUGGGCCUCCACGGCAACGUGGCCACCACUCCCGGGAGCCCUGGCCUGGGCCGGCACCCCACGGCAGCCCCCCAGGGCCUCCUGGCCUCUGGCCUCCACGGCAACGUGGCCACCGCUCCUGGGAGCCCCAGCCCGGGCCGCCACCUGGGCGGGUCCGGGUCGGCGGUUCCUGGCAGCCCCAGCCUGGACCGGCACGUGGCCUACGGGGGCCACUCCACCCCCGAGGACCGGAGACCCACGUUGUCCCGCCAGAGCAGUGCCUCUGGCUACCAGGCGCCCUCCACGCCGUCCUUCCCGGUGUCCCCCGCCUACUACCCAGGCCUGAGCAGCCCGGCCACCUCACCCUCGCCCGACUCGGCCGCCUUCCGGCAGGGGAGUCCCACACCCGCCCUGCCCGAGAAGCGGAGGAUGUCCAUGGGCGACCGCGCGGGCAGCCUCCCCAACUAUGCCACGGUCAACGGGAAGGUGUCCGCCUCACCGGGCACCAGCGGCAUGUCCAGUCCCGGCGGGGUGAACUCCGUGUCCUUCUCCCACACGCUGCCCGACUUCUCCAAGUACUCCAUGCCCGACAAUAGCCCCGAGACUCGGGCCAAGGUGAAGUUUGUCCAGGACACUUCCAAGUAUUGGUACAAGCCCGAGAUCUCCCGGGAGCAGGCCAUAGCGCUCCUUAAGGACCAGGAGCCAGGGGCCUUCAUUAUCCGGGACAGUCACUCCUUCCGCGGUGCCUAUGGGCUGGCCAUGAAGGUGUCCUCCCCGCCUCCCACCAUCAUGCAGCAGAAUAAAAAAGGGGACAUGGCCCAUGAACUGGUGAGGCAUUUCCUGAUUGAGACGGGCCCCAGAGGAGUCAAGCUCAAGGGCUGUCCCAACGAGCCCAACUUUGGCUCCCUGUCCGCCCUGGUCUACCAGCACUCCAUCAUCCCGUUGGCCCUGCCCUGCAAGCUGGUCAUUCCAAACCGCGACCCCACAGAUGACUCAAAAGAUAGCGCGGGUCCUGCCAACACAACCAGCGACCUGCUGAAGCAAGGGGCAGCCUGCAACGUGCUCUUCGUCAACUCUGUGGACAUGGAGUCGCUUACCGGGCCACAGGCCAUCUCCAAGGCCGCGUCCGAGACACUGGCCGCUGACCCCACGCCGGCCGCCACCAUCGUGCACUUCAAGGUCUCAGCCCAGGGAAUCACCCUGACCGACAACCAGAGGAAGCUUUUCUUCAGAAGACAUUAUCCCCUCAACACUGUCACCUUCUGCGACCUGGACCCACAGGAGAGAAAGUGGAUGAAGACCGAGGGGGCGGCCCCGGCUAAGCUCUUUGGUUUCGUGGCCCGGAAGCAGGGCAGCACCACGGACAACGCCUGCCACCUCUUUGCGGAGCUGGACCCCAACCAGCCGGCCUCCGCUAUUGUCAACUUCGUCUCCAAGGUCAUGCUGAGCUCUGGCCAGAAGCGAUGAACCCCACCCCCACCCCCCCACCGCCAACCAACCACGUGCCCAGAGAGCCCGGGCAGGGCAGUGGGGCCGGGGCCUGUGGGGGAGAGGGACCCAUGAAUCCUGACCGCUCUUGAACCCAGAAGGAGGGAGGACUCGGGGCCGAUUUUGGAGAAGGAGAGAAGAAAGUGCCACGUGGGGGAGAGGAAGUGAAUGGCAGAAGGGGAGGGGAGAGCCAGAGAAAGACAGGAAGGAAAGGAAGGAGAAUCAUUCAGAUCCCCUGGGUUGAUGGGUCCUGAGAACCCCACCCCGCCAUCCCUCCCGAAGCCUCCGAAACUAACCAGGUCCACGGAAUGGGCUCCCCCCUCAGACCCCCCCACCCCACCUCCACCUCCAUGCUCUGAGCUUGUCGCAUCUCCCAGGAGACCGAGCCGGCCUCCUUGGGGGUCCCUGUUUGGGGAGUACGGGGUGGGGGAGGAAGGGAAGGCUCCAUCUCUCUGAUGCGGCUUCUCGGGCCACCUCCACGGGGAUGUUCAGUGGCGGGACCUCCUGCUUCGCCCUCUGAUGGCUCCGGGUUGCCCUGGGGGUGUGGUGUGGGGUGCGUCUAGAGGGCGUUUCUGUGCCUGAACCUCCACACACCCCUCCCCCACACCCCACGCAGAUUUUUCUCUUUUGCCUCUCGGCCAGAAUGGUCCACUGGCUUCCUGCCCAUGUGCCUUGAGCAUGCACACAUACACACACACGUGCACACACACGCACGUGCACACACACACACAUACGCAUGUGUACAUCCAGCAGCCGGGGCUGACAGGAGCGCCCGGAAUGACGGGUGACUCGUUCUCCGCAAGUGACUGUUGGGUAUUGUUAGCCCCUGUCCUUGACAGAGCUACAGGCAGGGGUGCAAGCUGGCUCUGCCUGAGGGAGCAGCCUCACACCUGCCGCCGCCGCUGGGAAGCUAGAGCUUUGGUUGGAAGACUUGGAGCCCGGCUGCAGACCAGGAUAGGGGGCGUGGUGGGGGACGAGGGCGCUCGGACUCUCUUCCCCAGGUGUGAGACUCAGGAGUGAAGUAGGGUAUGUGUGGGUGGGGGGGGGGGGCGGGGAAUGUUCCUGCCAGCUCCCCCAGCCCCGUGGAGCCCAGACCAGCCUUGGCUCUGUGCCAUGCUUCCUUCAUAGUGGCAGGCGAGUGCCCCCCGCCUCCUUGGCUCCAUCGCCUUCAGCGCUGCAGGUUCCCAGCUGAUGCAGCACAAAUUCUCUGCGCAGCAGCCAGCCAGCCCUGGGCGGGGGGGCACCCAUCCUUCCCGAGACCCCCGCUGCAGAUAUGUUAGGGUUCAGUGUGCUAGGCUGCUGCAGCCUGGUGGUGUGUGUGUGUGUGUGUGUCGCAGAGCCUGGGGGCUGUCACCCAGGCACCACAGGGUGUCACUCUGCCAGGCCAGAGAAAGCCGGGCCACCUCGUGGCAGAGGACAGAAGCGCACGGUGAGGCCAGAGGGUGAGACCAGAAAGUCCUGAGGGGCAGCCCCAGUCCUCUCCCCCCCCGCCCCCAGGUGUGAGGGGAGACUCACGGGACUCCGUCCGUGAGGGCCUCGGAAGCCUAGAGGGACCCGCUAGAGAGGCGUUGUACUGAUAUAUAAAUAUAUAUAUAAUAUAUAUGUGAGACAUACUGACGGAAUUUGUAUGCUAAUAAAAUGUAAGAAAAGGAGAAAAAAGAAGACUAGGUAAAUUGACAAGACGUAUUUAUUAUUUCCCAUGCUGCUUUGUUUCCUGCCUCCCACCCCUCACCCCCCACCCCCCCACCUCCACUCCCCACUUCUGGGGAAAUAGCCCCAUCCCGACUGCUUACAGAUGUGAGGGGGCCUGAAAUGGGGGUCCCUGUUGUUUGUUUUUGGAGCAGCCUGGGGUCCCUUUGCGCUGACCUGGAGGUUCCCCUGAGACUCCGGGGGACUCUCUGGGGAGAGGGAAGGGCUCUGUGGGUUCCAUCCCUUUGUCCACCCCCUUCCCAACUUUCUGGCAACUCGAGCAGAACGGGGGAGCUGCCCUGUGGCAGACCCCAGCCAGCACGGCCCCGUGCAGACCCCAGACUGUGUGGUCCUGCAUGGCCCCUGCUCCAAGCCUCUGUAUCCGAGUGGAUGCUAUUUGGGGGAGCUGGAAAGAGUGAGCGUG